AUGACAAUAGAUUCUUCUUGUAAAAUUUUAUCCAGUGAAAUGUUAACCACAACUGUGAAUCGUUCACUUACUUAUCAAUCAUUGAAUUUACCAUCUACUACUACUACUACUACUACUGUAGACAAUUCACAGAAUAAUAAUUUUCAAUCAUCACAAUUAUACACUAUAAUUAAUCAUUGUAAAUCAAUUCAUGAUUUAUGGUUAGCUCAUAAAUCAGUCAAUGAAAAUGAUGGAAAUAUUAAAGAUGAACAAACUGGAAAUACAUUAUUGCAUUAUUUAAUUGUAUCAAUACCGAAAUUAAUGAGAAAAUGUUAUGAUUAUAGUGUUAUUGUAAUGAAACAUGAAAAUAAAUUCUAUUCAAAAUGGAUUGCUGCAAUUGUUAGCUUAGUAUAUCGUCUUGUUGUUUAUGGUCAUUGUUCAAUUAAUGCACAAAAUCAUAUGGGAAAUACAGUGUUACAUUUAAUAUGUCUUUUACCAUAUACAGAAUUUUUAGCAAUACAUUUAAUUCGUUUAGGCGCUGAUCCAGAAAUUAAGAAUAAUGCAGGCCUACAUGUUUAUUAUCAUUAUGAAGAACGAAGAGCAUGGUUAGUUAAAAAUUUACCUGGUCUUAACUGUGGUAUAUGGAAUGCAAUAAAACGUGAAGAUAUUAACAAAAUCGAUUAUUAUUUAUCAUGUUGGUGUAGAACAAUAGCAAAUCAAUCAAAUGGGAAAAGUUUAUUCGAAUGUUCAAUGUCCACUGGAAAUUAUGAAUUAGUUAAACAUAUAGAUGAAGCACGUAAUACCAAUGAGCUAAUUGCUGCUUCAAUGGCAUUAGAUUUAAAUUAUAUGGAAAAUCUUUUAUCAAUUAAAAUUGAAAAAGAAAAAUGUCAAGUGAAUAAAUGUGACAAAUCAUUUGAUCCUCCACGUUCGUUGACUGCCGAGUUAGCAAUAAUUUAUGGAGUUAAAGCAAAGAAAGCAAUAGAAUUACUUAAAAAAUAUGGUGCAGCUGAUGAGUCAAUUUAUUAUGAGUUAGUAGAACAAAAGAAAAUGGCUUUUGUAAAUUCACCAUUUUAUUUACAAGUAAAAUCCGCGAAAACAAUUUCCGAUUUAAACAAAGCAUGGAAAUUAAUUGAACAUUCAUCAUUUCAGCCAAAUCUAAGAAGGCAUUCGGAUCAAGCAACUUAUUUACAUUAUUUAGUUGAACGUUAUAAAAGUUUAAAACAUCAACCACAUUUACAAUGUGGUUUAAUUCGUCUUAUGGCAAAAUUAACUAUAGCUGGUGUUGAUUUACAAGCACGUGAUAAAUUUGGUAAUACUGCUUUACUUUAUGCUGCUGCUGUUGUAAAAUCAAAUAAUUUUACAGAUAGUCAUGUCAACAACUCAUUAAACACAAACAAAUCAAUACAUGAUCAAGAAGUUGAAAGAGAUGGUAAACAUGAAGAUAAGAUGGUUUUGAAUACAGUUGAGAAACCUACAGUUGAUAAAACUACUAUUGAAAAUAUUGAUAUGAAUAAAUCAAUUAAUAAUUCAGUUGUCAAUCGUGAUGCUGUUGUAAAUCAGGCUAUAAACUACAAUGAAAUGAGUUUAAAUACAAAGGUACCAAUAUCUAUGUUGGAUCAUUCAAAUAAGUCAGUAAAAACAAAUGAAUCAACUCAUCCAUAUUUAAUGAAUGUACCAGAUUUUACUGAUCAACGUUUAAUUUCUAUUUUAAUUCAAUUAGGUUCCGAUUGUACCAUUCUAUGUAACAAUGGUUAUACUGUAUGUCAUGAAAAUUAUAUACCAAAAGGUGCAUAUACAAUGAAACGUAAUAUCCAAUCAAGUUUAUUGAAAACUCAUUGGCAACAUUCAAAAUCAUUAAUAGAACAUCCAGGAAUUUGGCCAAUUGUUGAUCGAUUAAUCUAUAGUAUACAAUAUCAUAAAUCGAAUGAUAUAAUUCAUUAUUUUUAUACAGAAUUAGAAAAUACAAUUAAAGAUAAUUUAAUUUGGUUAAAAGCCAAACGAUCAGGAUUAACUGUCAUCGAAUGGAUUCAUUCAUUAUGGAGUCAUGAUCAUAAUGAUCAUGAUCAAUGUACAAUGGGGAUACGUGAAAAAUUAACAAAUCUAUUACAGUAUUAUGUUAGUUUAACUGAUUUUGUAAUUUAUUCUAUAGCUGGUGAUAUUGAGAAAAUGAAACAUUGUUUAGCUAUGGGCAAUAGUCAAUUGAAAGCUCAACUUCAUAUGAGAAAAUUUCUAGUUGGUAUUAAUAAUGAUAAUAAUGGAAGAGCUAAUUUUAUAUCACGUCCAUUGUUAGUUAGUGUUAUGGAAUAUUCUACAGCUAAAGUAUUAAAACUUAUGAUACAAUAUGGAGUAAAUUUAAGUGAAUAUUAUACAGAAACAAAACCAUUUGGUCCAGUUGCAUUUUGGAGUUUUAAAAAUUUUGUCAGUCUUCAACACACUUAUGAAAUAAUCAAAGAAGUACCAAUUCAUUUAAGAGAUUCAAAUGGAUCUUCAUUACUUCAUUAUGCAACUAGCCUUUUUCAUACAAUACAUCCUGAAGAUUUGAAUGGAUUUCAAUGGGCAGCGUUAAUUUUAGCUACACUAUUAAAACGAGGUGUGAAAAUUUAUUAUAGAGAUAUUUGGCAACAAACUGCACGAGAUAUUUUGAAUAGAUCCAAACAGAAUUUAACAAAUUUUCGACCAUUCGAAGAAGAGCCUCCAGAUCCUUUUGAAAUGUAUAAUAUUACAAAUUCAGAAACUGGGAAAUUAUUAACUGCUGAACAAUUAAUUGAUCGUCGUGUAGCUUUUCUAGCCUCGAUUAAUCAUUUACAAUCUAUGGAAGAUCUAAUUCUCUAUGGAUAUAAUGAUAUACAUUUAGCUAAUUCUGGUCCUGUACGUUUUAAAUCGGCUAGAUUAUUAGCUGAACAAAAAGGACAUCAUGAAAUGUUAUUGUUAUUAAAUACUGUGGAUCGAUAUCGAUCCGAAAUGAUGGAAGUUCAUAAGACAAUUAUAACUGGUGAUUAUCAUCGAUUUCUUCGUUUAGUUAAUACAAAAAGAGUUAUUAUGAGUCGUGACUGGAGAGAACGCUCUCUAUUACAUCUUGCAGUUAUUUAUUAUAGAACAGAGUUCGUUCUUCAUCUAAUUGAACUAUGUCAAGAACUAGUUAACUGUCAAGACUGUCUUGGACGUACUCCCUUUCAUUAUGCAAUUUGUUUACCUGACAACAGAAGGUUAUUCUUAAAAAUGGUUUCAAAAUCUGGAGGUAUCAAUAAACAGAUCAAGGAUCUGCGAAAUAUUUCAAUUUAUCAAUAUGGUGAAUUAUAUGAACGAAAAAUACCUGAAUAUCAAAAUUUAAUUCAUUUAGAAAAAUCAAUUGAACUGGUGGAAUCAAAUUGGCCAAAUCAACGACUUUGUUCAUUGCCACCUGCAUUAUUAUCAAUAGGUGAUCGAUUGUCAAUCGAAAAUCAACAUGGUGAUGAUGAUCAUGAAUUGAAUGAUGAACAAUCAAUGACAAAAGCAAUCAAUAAAUUAAGAAAUGUUACUGAUAAUAAUAGUUUAUUAUUUCCAAUACCUAGUGCAUUCAAUGCAUUUGAAGUGAAACGAAUUAAAUCAGCAUAUAAUUGGAAACAACGAACGUAGGAUAAAGAGAAUGAGAGAG